CAACUCCCAAAGUUAAGUAUCAUCGAAUCAUCGAUAGCCUUAACCUAUCUAAUACCCACACAUGAGACUUCUAAAGACUCGAGACAUAUAGUCUUCUCUUUAUCCCCAAUAUUUAGUACAUGUAUAUAUUUUGAAAAUGAAAAAGAGAAAAAAAGAUGUUUAAAAAGAAAAUGAGAGAAAAUAUAUAGGUAAAAAUUAAACAAAUACGUACCAAAAUGAAAAAUUGUAGCAAGUUCGAUAGGUCGGAGUGAAUGUAACACAAACAGCAGUAUAUUAUAAACCACCAAAUAGCAAUGGAGUAGUAUAUUAUAAUUUGCGUUUGUAUGAAUAAAUGUGGUUGAGUAAGCCCCUUAGAACCUUAUUGCCAUAUUGCAGGAACAAAUUAACUGUUUCUAAAGUCCAUGCCCUCCUCAUUACCAGCAGUCUACUCAAUCAAAGAUGGCCAGAAACCAAGCUCAUUGUAGCCUAUGCCCAAACAGGCAACAUAAAACUCGCACGCCAACUGUUCGACAAUUUGCCUCAAAGAGGCGUAGAUGCUUGGAAUGCAAUAAUUAUUUCAUAUUCAAAGAUGGGUUUUCCUGAUGAGGUUCUGAAUCUUUACUUAAAGAUGAUAUCUGAAGAAAUAAAGCCUGACAGUUCCUCAUUUACAGUAGCCAUAAAAGCUUGCGCAACCAUGUCUGAUUUUAAAAUGGGUGAAGAGAUUUGGUAUCAGGCAGUUGAUCAUGGGUACAAGCAUGAUGCUUUUGUUGCCUGUUCUGUGUUAAAUUUGUUCACAAAGGAUGGAAAAAUUAAAGAAGCAAAAGCAGUGUUUGAGGGGAUCAAGAGGAAAGAUCUUGUUUGUUGGACUACAAUGGUUACCGGGUUUGCGAAAAAUGGUGAAGGGAUGGAAGCUAUUGAAACUUUUAGGAGGAUGCAAGAACAUGGAUUGCAAGGAGAUGGGAUUGUAAUGCUGGGUUUAAUUCAAGCUUGCAUUGAUAUUGGUUGUAAGAAAAUGGGUUUGUCAAUUCAUGGCUAUAUGAUUCGAAGAAAUCUUCCAAUGGAUGUCGUUUUUAAUACUAGUCUCAUAAACAUGUACGCAAAAAACGGUCAUUUGGGUUUUGCAUACAGAGUUUUUUGUAACAUGGGGCAAAAGAAUGUUGUGUCUUGGAGUGCUUUAGUUUCAGGUUAUGCUCAAAAUGGUUUAGCUAGUGAAGCUCUUGAACUUUUUAGAGAAAUGCAGAGAGUUGGAUUCAUACCAGAUUCAGCUUCUUUAGUGAAUGUUCUUUUGGCAUGUUCUCAUGUUGGCUACCUUAAGAUGGGAAAAUCGAUACAUGCUUAUACUCUUCGUAGGCAAGAAUUCGACAAUGUUUCCGCCACUGCUGUGAUCGACAUGUAUUCGAAAUGUGGGGCUCUUGUUUCUGCCCGUGUUCUAUUCGAUACGAUAAGCUGCAAGGAUGGUGUACUAUGGAAUACCAUGAUUUCGAGUUAUGGAAUGCAUGGACAUGGAAUAAUUGCGCUCGCAGUUUUUGAUGAUAUGAUCAAAACCGGCAUAAAUCCUGAUGAUGCAACAUUUGCUUCUCUACUUUCAGCUUUAGGUCAUUCGGGUCUUGUAGAGCAAGGACAGUACUGGUUCAAUGAAAUGAUCAAUCGAUUCAAGAUUGAACCGAGUGAGAAACAUUAUGCUUGUGUUGUUGAUCUGUUGGCUCGUGCAGGAAAAGUCGAGGAAGCCCUCGAUUUAGUGAAUUCCAUGAAUGAUCGCGAAGUUGGAAUCUCCAUCUGGGUUGCUCUUUUGUCGGGUUGUCAUAAAAACAAGCGAAUUUCCAUUGGUGAAUCGGCUGUUAAAAAGAUUCUCGAGUUUCAACCAGAUGAUUCGGGCAUUUAUUCGUUGAUUGCGAACUUUUUUGCAUCAGCUAAAAAGUGGGAUGAAGUUGCUGAAGUGAGGAAAACUAUGAGAAAAAUGGGCAUACAGAAAGUCCCUGGUUAUAGUAUGGUGGAUGUGAAAGGUAAGCUUUAUGCUUUCCUUAUGGAGGAUAAAACCCAUCACCAAUAUGAUCAAAUGAUGAUUUUGAUAGAGAAGUUGGAUCAUGAGAUGAGAGUCAUGGGUUAUGUGCCAAAAACUCGGUUUGUGUUGCAUGAUCUCAAUGAGGAAGUAAAAUCGAGCAUGUUACGAAAUCAUAGCGAGAGAUUGGCGAUUGCGUUUGGCCUAUUGAACACCGAACCGGGGACUAAGCUAGUGAUUACUAAGAAUCUAAGAGUUUGUGGGGAUUGUCAUGAGGCAAUCAAAUACAUAACUAGAAUUGUAAAUAGGGAGGUUGUUGUAAGGGAUGUGAAGCGUUUUCAUCACUUUAAGCACGGUCUCUGCUCGUGUGGAGAUUAUUGGUAAGUUGCGACUUGUGAAUCAUCAUCACCAUCUUCAUCAUCAUCAUCAUCAUAUCGUCAUACCCAGUUAAUACCGCUCAUAGAAGCUAUGAUCGGGUAUGGGGGUGGUUAGAUGACGGGAUUUUAUACCCUUGUGAGAAAAGAGAUAAGAGGUUGCAGACAGUAAGACCCUCGACAAGUUGCAUCGGAAAUAGAUGAAUGAUCAACAUAUUCUAAUUUACCGAGGUCACAUUAUGAGGCACACUGAACUACUAGUUCUAUGUAGCAGCUAUGAGAUGGAUCCUGCUUAUUCUACCCUACAAAUACAACCAAUACUAUCUAAAGGUGAGAUCUGGUACAUGAACAUGAACAACUGCUUGCCAAGACAAAGAUUGUCAAUCUUGCAUAAUUUCGUUCGCAAAUUCACAAUGUUAACGGAACAGCCUUAUUUUUAUUUCGUCAUAUAUGAAAAACAACGUAAUGGGUACACUUUAUAUUAGGUUAUCAUCUUAGACAACUAUUUUUCUCAUUUUCCGUUGUUUAGUUUGACAAAGAAAUUUAAAGGAUAAACUUGAUGGAAAAGACCUUUUCAAAAACAUUUUCCUUCAAAAAUUGAACAAAAUCAAAAUCAAUUUCCCUCCGGUUUUCAUCCCCAACACUUCAAUUGUCCCAAACAGUUUGUUUGUAGUAGAUAUUAAAUGUAGA